AUUUUUAAUUUUUUAGGUAGAGGCAGACGUUUCUUCUUCUUUCAAAAUCAUAACUUGUCCGGAUUUUCAUUUUGCACCUUACAACACAAAACACAACAAAAUAUACUACUAUAUAUGUAAUAUACAAAAUAAAUUGUGUGUUUCUGUGUCUCGUGCUUCUUCUUGCACCACCCUCGACCCUCGAUCUACUAAUAUUCUUACCCUAUUCUGUGUUCUCUCUAAACCCCAAAAUUUAAUCAUCUUCUCUCUGUUCUUUCUGGCCAUUGUAGCACAAACCACCAAUACAAAAGCUCUCUGCGGUCUCCAAAGGGAUUAAAGACAUAAGAGAUCCAUCCAAGUACUUACAAAUCUCUCCAACGAUGAAAACAGAGCAAAGGCCUUCGAAACCGAAAGUGAUUAAUUAGUAAAAAAAUGGAGAUAGAGAACAAAGACAACACGACAUUAAGUGAUUCUGGGGGAGACUUCGACUGCAAUAUAUGUCUGGAUCAGGUCCGAGACCCGGUCGUGACUUUAUGUGGCCACUUGUUCUGUUGGCCCUGCAUUCACAAGUGGACUUAUUCCUCCAACAACUCAAGACAACGCAUCGAUCAAUACGACUGUAAGAGGGAACCCCCUAAAUGUCCGGUCUGCAAAUCCGAUGUCACCGAGGCUACGCUUGUCCCGAUCUACGGCCGAGGACAGAAAGCUCCCCAGCCCGGUUCAAUGGUGCCGAGCAGACCAUCCGGUCCGGUUUACAACGUAAGAGGGGUUGGUCAACGUUCAGGGGAAGGGGAGAGUCAACGGUACAUGUAUAGAAUGCCUGAUCCAGUGAUGGGAGUGGUAUGCGAAAUGGUAUACCGGAGACUGUUUGGAGAGUCUUCGAGCAACAUGGCAGUGGCACCUUACCGUGACAUGAGUGUCCGGUCGAGGCGGCGAGCAAUGCAGGCGGAGGAGUCGCUAAGCAGAAUCUACUUGUUCCUACUUUGCUUCAUGUUUAUGUGUCUAUUUCUAUUCUAAUUUAUAAUCUCCUCUCUCAAAUAUAUAUAUAUAUAUAUAUACAAAUUGGAAAUGAGUAUGCAUAUGCUAUGUAAUAACAGUGUGUGUGUGUAUAUAUGUGUGUAAGAGUGUUGAUUCCUUAAAA